GAAACUUAUUAAGACUGGAUUAUCUGGCAAUGCAACACCCAUUGGUUGGCCAAAUGGUGAAGCAGGUGCUUACUAAUCUCUAAAGAUUCAUCACCACCUCCACUCUUAACCUUCCUUAACCUCUCCAUAUAUCCCACCCAAUACACACACACACAGAGACAGAGAGAGAGAGAGAGAGAGAGAGAGAGAGAGAGAGAGAGAGACAGAAAAAGAUAACAGAAAAAAAUGGAGAAGCUCACAUCAACAACCAUGAUUCCAGAAGCAUUCCAAGGCACAAGGGAUGACAUUGCUCAACAGAUGGGGAUGGUCUGGGAACAAGUGAAGGCUCCUUUAGUCAUUCCAUUGCUGAAGGUGGCAGUGGUGCUUAGCUUGAUCAUGUCUCUCAUGCUUUUCAUUGAGAGGCUGUACAUGGCCAUCAUCAUCCUCUUUGUCAAGCUCCUUGGAAAGACUCCUCAGAAACGUUUCAAAUGGUUGCCCAUGCAGGAUGAUGUCGAGCUUGGCUCUUCUGCUUACCCCACAGUCCUCAUUCAGAUCCCCAUGUUCAAUGAGAAGGAGGUUUAUAAGCUCUCCAUUGGAGCUGCAUGUGGUCUCUCAUGGCCUUCCGAUCGGCUCGUCAUCCAAGUGCUUGACGAUUCCACUGACCCGGUUGUCAAGGAAAUGGUGGAGAGGGAGUGUGAGAGAUGGGCUAGCAAGGGAGUGAACAUUAGGUAUACAAUCAGAGACAACCGGAAAGGCUACAAAGCUGGUGCUCUGCGUGAAGGAUUGAAGCACAGUUAUGUCAAACAGUGUGAUUAUGUUGCUAUUUUUGAUGCUGAUUUCCAGCCUGAGCCUGACUUUCUUCGCCGUUCAAUCCCUUUCCUCAUCCACAACCCUGAACUCGCUCUCGUCCAGGCCCGUUGGAUUUUUGUUAAUUCUGCAGAGUGUUUGUUGACAAGGAUGCAAGAGAUGUCUCUUGAUUAUCAUUUCACUGUGGAGCAGGAAGCUGGAUCCUCUGCAUUCUCCUUCUUCGGCUUCAAUGGGACUGCCGGUGUGUGGCGUAUCUCUGCCAUCAAUGAAGCAGGAGGAUGGAAAGAUCGAACGACGGUUGAAGACAUGGAUUUGGCUGUUCGAGCUAGUUUAAGAGGCUGGAAAUUCCUUUACCUUGGUGAUCUCCAGGUGAGAAGUGAAUUGCCGAGUACUCUCAAAGCUUUCCGAUUUCAACAACAUAGGUGGUCUUGUGGUCCGGCAAACCUUUUCAGGAAAAUGGUGAUGGAGAUUGCAAGAAACAAGAAAGUCUCCAUUCGCAAAAGGUUUUAUGUGAUCUACAACUUCUUUUUGGUACGGAAAAUUGUCGGUCAUGUUGUAACAUUCGUGCUUUAUUGUGUGGUGAUGCCUGCAACUGUUUUGAUUCCUGAAGUUGAAAUACCCAAGUGGGGUUCAGUAUAUAUUCCUUCACUUGUUACACUUCUCAAUGCCGUUGGAACACCAAGAUCAUUUCACCUUCUCAUGUAUUGGGUACUCUUUGAGAAUGUGAUGUCUUUGCAUAGAACAAAAGCAAGCUUCAUUGGCCUCCUUGAAGCAGGCAGAGUCAAUGAAUGGGUUGUCACCGAGAAACUCGGUGACAGUCUCAAAACCACCACAGCUGCGAAAACAGUCAGGAAGCCUAGAAUCAGGUUCGGUGACAGAUUGCAUCUUACGGAGCUCUGUAUUGGUGCAUACCUCUUUAUGUGCGGCUGCUUCGAUUUUGCCUAUGGCAAAAAUCGUUAUUACAUAUACCUCUUCCUCCAAUCAAUAGCUUUCUCUAUUGUUGGCUUCGGUUAUGUUGGAACUUUUGUGCCAAACUCCUGAGACUCUGGAUAUCAAGUUGCUCGCAUCUAUAAGAAAUAUGUUUCUUCUACCAUAAUGCUGUGCAGAAAAUGCAUCACAGCUUCCUUCAGUAUAUAUAGGUUCCGUGCUAUUGUUAAUAGGGGGAACAAUUGAUCCCUUGCAAUGUCAAGAACAUCAGUCAUUUUAUUCAAAGGUGAAAAUCUUUUUGGGUUUGCAUAAAGCUGGAAUUACAUAUAUUGCUGAAAGAUCAGUCAUAUACUAAGGAGAGGAAAGCAGAUAUAAGAAUUUUACUCUUCUAUCUUCUAAACAGCAGCAGUUAUAGACAUAAUUUGUUAGUAUUAUUGUUCAUGAAGUUUGAUAAUGGAUUCUGAGAGUGUAAUUCUUCAUGUUCUCCUUUUGUAAGUUCAUGUAAGACUUGAAAGAAUCAAAACUUUCAGUUUUGGAAUUAUUUUA